CCUGCACUGUGUCCGCAGUCUCUGGUCAUCUCCUGCACUGUGUCCGCAGUCUCUGGUCAUCUUCUGCACUGUGUCCGCAGUCUCUGGUCAUCUCCUGUACUGUGUCCGCAGUCUCUGGUCAUCUCCUGUACUGUGUCCGCAGUCUCUGGUCAUCCCCUGCACUGUGUCCGCAGUCUCUGGUCAUUCCCUGCACUGUGUCCGCAGUCUCUGGUCAUUCCCUGCACUGUGUCCGCAGUCUCUGGUCAUCUCCUGUACUGUGUCCGCAGUCUCUGGUCAUCACCUGCACUGUGUCCGCAGUCUCUGGUCAUCUCCUGC